UUAUAUAUUUUUAGGUCAUGACCCAUCUCCAUGGUUACUCAAAGCGUAAUGUCCACCGCCUGCUCUGAAUUUACUCAGAAUGCCUGGAAAAAAGAUCUCUGCAAGAACUGUCAACGACCCAGAGCAGAGCACAGCAUUGUGGGAGAUUUCAACCCUGAGUCUACGAGUUCACCUAUCCCAACAAAACGGACAUCUAUCAUUGCUGAUGAUGUCAUACAUCAGGCGAAACGCAACGCUUCCUUGAUUCUUUCGGAGUUAGAGGGUCGGAAUGAAGGAAAUGCAGACCAGCGUAAACCACGGACUUCUCGGAGUUUAUCUGUGGAAAAAGAAAAACUACAAAAGCCGCUGAUUUCAUACUCGAAGGUGACCAUAAAUAAUGUACGGAGUAUUCUAGUCAAAAAUGGUGAAAUACGCAGGAAGACUUUUGAUAUCAAGUUUCUGGAGCGAGAACCUUCUGUGAUCGGUGAGGAUGGGGGGUACGACAAUCUAUUUUUAGACAAUGAGGAACUUCCUUUAGAAGAGGAUUCUGGGGAGGAUAUUUCAUUCACGGAGGAGGAGCGUGAAUUUGUGCUUCAAGCUUUACAUAAUACAAUCUGGAAUUCCGAUCUGAAUAAUCUUAAUGGUGCUAAAAACAAAACAAUUGACGAUGAUAAGAGUUAUGAAUUUGAGGAUGUUAAGCUGUCCUCACUGUGGAAAAAAGACAGGUUUUCGACGCUACGUGACUGUGAUAAAUUAUUAUCCCAGAGGUUUGGGACAUUUCCUCUUAGGAGACCACUAGGCUCGAAGUCAAGCUUAGAACAAAUGUUCGAUCGCGAUGGGAAACUGGAAAGAUCCUCUUCUGAUUGUGAUCUUAAAAAGAUAGAGGAGGAAAAAGAGGGAACUCAUUACGAAACAAAUUUCUCACUGUUCGAAAAGCGGAGGAGUCGGUCCGCCUCAGAGAUGGAGGGUCAUGUCGUAGAACAGGGAGGGACGCAGCCCUACAUGGACGUAAAUAUCACGCAGUUUAAUGGACAGAGUGAUGAAAUGAAAAAUGGAGAAGAAGAUGUAUUCGAAAUGGACAAAUUUGAUGCAGAGAGUUUAUUUGAGAAUUUUUCCACAGAAAUUGAUUUCGAUUCUUCGUCAGCCGGCAUGGCAUUAGUUGACCAUUUAAAUGCCAUAUUAGCACGAUAUAGUGACAAUGUCUCGAUCAAAGGAUUUGAUGACAAUGAGUUUUUGCCAGAUUCUGAUAUGAAUGAUAUACCAGACAACAGUGAAAAAAUUCUGGAGAGUUUGAGAAUUCCCAAGGGCAGUAUAAAGUCAAAAGAGUUAGAGGCAAAGAUCGUGUCACUAGCCACAGAUAUCAGAAAGAAGAAGCGCCCUGCUCCCCGGCCUCCAGUAGCCCCUCCCCCUCAACCCACUUCCAGAAAUAGCUCAAGUCUAAACAGUGACCAGUCCUCUAAAAAAACAUCUCCAUCACAUUCGCACAACUUCUCUGAACCAAAUUUUAAAAUGGUGCCAAUAGGAAAAUCCAUCACAGGCAAUAGUCAGGAGAAAUUCCUAUCACCCAAACGCACAGGCGACUUUCAUGAUGACUUAAUGGACAACAGAAAUAAGAGUGAUAAUAGCAAAGGGAAAAAAGGGAUCACCUCAUUUUUUCGCAGUAUUCUACGCAGAGGGAAAGAUUCACCUGAGAAUUCCACAGAGCAAAUCAACGAGGCUUCUAGUCCUCCCAGAGUCACUGUACCAAUAACUCCAGUCACGUCCUCACCCGAAAAAAGCAAGGAACCCUCACCUGAAGCCAAAGAAGAGAGGAAGUCACCACAGGUCAAGGCCAAAGUUCUCCCUGCCGUGUCCUGUAGGAAAUCCCGCACAAGCAUCAUAAUGUCAGCUACGGAGACAUCAGCUCUGUUUAAUGGACCACAGGGAAAUAAAACAGAGGAGACAACGGAAAGUGAAAGUAUGACAAGCAGCAUGAUUGUGGAAGAAAAUGAAAGUAAAAGUGAAAGUGUUCCCACUGUAAAACCAUCUAUACCAACAAGACCAAAACCCCCACCAAACCCAAAACGACCGACCGUCUCCCCCCAGCAUGGGACAAGGGAGGGACGUUCCUCCUCCCCUGCCUCAGAAAGAAAAGGAUCCACAGGGGGUAAGGAUAGAAAGGGGUCAGACACAGAAAGUACAACAGGGAGCUUAGAGAGACCAGAUAAAGGGAGUCUGGAGAGAGAGAUCACGAGGGCUCUGUCUAAAGAGGAUAGUCCAAAGAAAGACACUGAACCCCAAGUGGUGAGAAGACGAGCAAAGAGUCCCAAGCGAGUUUCAGCCCCUCAGAAGCCGGCCGUGCCCGGGAAGACGAUGGAGAAUAAGAAUGCCUUGUUUACAAAGGAACUGGAAAUGAGGCUCAGUAAAAGUCUGGACUCCAAGGUCACUCCACCACCAGCAGGUCAGAAAGGAAAUGUGGCGCCACCUGCUGCUGGUCAGAAACCGAAUGUGGAGAUGAAAAAGUCAGCACCUCACCCACCCACUACAACUGUCAAAUCAGAGGUCUCAGUAGCUCCAUCUGGUGGACAGACCAAUCAACCAUCAGCAGAACCGAAGGAGGAGAAAGAAGAACCUGAACCAGUGGCUGCAGAGAAGAUUGAGUUACCAAAGGCCGCCAGUCGUAAAAGCUUCCUGGGGAAACUCGGCAAUAAGAAAUCCCGAGCCCCACCCCGACCAUCCUCAGUGAAACGGACCAAAUCUAUCACCGAGAGUGGAGGCGAGUUACACGCUAAGAAGAUUGACCCCUCCGACAUCUCAGGACCUGUGUUAAUAACCUCCAUGACAGGUGGAUCAACUUUGAAUCGGAGGAACACUAUUUCUGUAGGAGAGGACCCCUCUAUGGUGUCGGGAGAAUCAACAUCCUCCGGAUCAACAGCAGAAAAGUACGAUGAAUGGCCAGAGUUCUCUCCUCUUGGUUCCCUAGAAAACGUAUAUGAACCAAUUAUCCCUAAGGAGCCUCCUCCCCCUCCUCCGUCAGGACCGCAGGCUGAUGGUGAUCUGAUAGCUCCUCUUAACACUGCCCUGUCGGUUCCGAAAUCACCAAGUGAAGGAUACCUCGAACCUGUCACUCACCGGUCAACAGCAGCUAAUGAUCCAGCAGUAACACAGCAGUCCACGGUAACCACAGCAACCAAUAACCAACCGACCAAUCAGCAAUCAGUAAUGACCUUGUCAACCAAUGAACAGAUUGUUUCUGAUGAGGUCAAGGUUUCCAUGGAAACAUCAGUACAUCAGGAGGUCAAUGUUGAUAAUGUACAAAAGAGCUCAGCAGACCCUGAUAAUGUACAAAAGAGUUCAGCAGACCCUGAGAUCCAAUCAGAGAGAGAAAGAAUUCUAGCUUCACAACCAAUUUAUGAAGAGAUCAAUGGGUAUGGGAAAGAUCCUGCUAAAGAAUCACAGAGUUCUGUAGAUCUCCAGAAAUCAGUCAAUGAUAGUUUGUCAAAAGACAUGCAUAAGUUCAUGACUGAUAGUCUUACUGUGGAUAUGAGUGAAUCUUUGAUUUCCAUGGACUUUCCCCUGGCUUCGCCUUCACAGACGGGCAUGUCCUCAGGGUCAGAACCUUCCUCCCAAUGCAGCACGCUCAGUCGACCAAAACCAUUACCAAGGAAGCGAUCCAAACGGGAGAGCUUUUCGUUAGAGCAGCCCUACAUUGCGAUGAAUCGUGGAAGCGUGACAUCGGCCCUGAACGAGACUCAGCUGAGGGAUAUGUUGAAUCAGCUGACGUCAAUGAAUCUCCAAACACUGAGGGAUAUUUACACUCAGUAUGAACGUAUCUUCAUAAAGGAGCCUGUGUCUCUGGGCGUGCCCACAGCUGGCCCACUGAAGUGGACAGAUUUUGAUAUUUACGGGAAACCUGUCCAUUCCUCUGAGCGAUGUGUUGUCUACAAUGCUAAACUCAGACUCAGCUCAACCAAUUGUCAACUCAUGCUACAACACACCAAGCCCGAUCUGAUGUCUUCCCAGCAUCCCACACUGCUGAAGCCGACCAUCAUUUUCUGUGAUCACAUCCCGUACUCUUAUCUCACGGAAGAUUUCAUCAAAACCAACCAGCUCCUUCUUAAUCUCCACACCAACCAAUCAAAUUCUGCCAAGUGUUUUGUGGCUGUUGGACAGUUUGACAUUUCUGACAGUCUCUCCAGUCACAUGACCUCUAUUCGCCAUGGUAACAGUCAGGUGAUGUGGACAGUGGAGGACAUGAUGGAGCAUGUUCUAUUCUUUAUGCUGCAGAUUCUCAGUGCCAUCUCUCAUUGUCUUGAUCAAGGAUUCAGUCUCGGAGAUGCUAAUUUUCGGGAUGUGUUUAUUAUUACCAGUAGCAACUGUUCCCACGGUAACAUUGUGGCAUUCCUUCCCCAUCAGAGGUCACUUGAUGGUUCCCACAUUGAUUCUGUGUUCUGUUUUCUGGAUAAAUAUCUCGCCGAAAACAUGUCAAGUAGGAGUGAGUAUGAGUUUGGGAAGUUUGUGGGAGGAGUUCUGAAAGUGCAAAAAAUGUUACAGUGUCGAAAGAUCGAGAUCCUGCCUUUAAUUCGGAGUUAUGUGGAGUUUCUUCUUUGGGGACCAAGCGAGACAUCAUGGCAAGGCGGUGUGGAGAGGACCAGCAGUCUCGAGCCAAAGCUGUCCAUGUGGCUGGAGAAAGAACGUGCAGCGAUGGUCCAUAGAUUCGCCCGAGAGUCGCCAGCUGAGGAAAAGAAGUAUUCCAUCACCGAGUUCUACAGAAUGAAGUUUCUGUUAAAGUCUAGUGCUGUCAGUCUUUCUGAGUGUGUCAGGACACAUAUGUCUUACUGACUUAGGUCAGUCAGUCAGGACACAUGUCAAGGUCAUGUAAUGAAAAACAUGUUUUACUGAUAUAUGUCAACUUAUUAUAAUAAGCAAAUUUAAUGCUAUAUGCUACAUGCAAGUUCAUCAGUAAAAACCUGUUAGGAAAGUAUUAUAAAAAUAUUUUUUAUAGUUAAAUUCUUAAUCUUUCCCGUCAUGGCCAGUGCUGCAAUGGAAAAUGGUAAUAGCAUAUGCUUUUGAAUCUUUUUUGCUUUGAGGUAGAAAAAGCUGCAAAGAUGAUCCAUGAUGACACAAACUGUCUCUUAUAGAAUGAUAUGGUGUAAUCCUUGGUCUUUAGGAAGCAAUAUCAAUUAAAGGGGCAGGGGUGGGGGCAACUUAAAGAAAUUCUUGACAAGCAAAAAAUAGGUUAUCAAAAAUUAGUUAUAAUUAUUUUUUCGGGCUCAACUUGGGAAAAUUAUUGAAGGGGCACAACUCUGAAAUGGUUUUGUUUUAAAUAAUAAAUACUUGCAAAAUAAUUGGAGUGAGGUCACCCUUGUGCCCUGCCCCCAUUCCUAUGGGCCUGAGUGCCUAAAUAACAAAAUUAAUGUAGUUACAUGUAAUGUAACACCAUAUUUUACUUCAUCAAGAAAUAAGAUUUUGUUCAUUUUUAUUUGGAGAGAAUACACAAUAUUAUAAAUACAGAAUAGCAAAGGUUUUAUGUCUGUAUGAUAUAUAAAACAUGUAUAACUGAUAUACAUGUAACUUGAAGAAUUUGAUAGAUUUUACUUUUAUUUUAAACUGUUACAAAAAUCAAAAACAAUGAUGCCCAACUUUUAUGUUGAGAAAUUGUCUCCAUAUGCAGAUUUGAAUAAUAUUGAUUUUUUUUUUUUUUAAUUUUAUUAAAGAAUUUUUGUUUACAUGAUUUUCAAAGAGAUCUGUUUAUUGAUUUUUAUUGAUAAAUGAAUGUUUUAUGAAUGCUGCUUGGGAGCUAAUCAAGAGUUAUCUUUCUUUAGUCAGCAUUGCUUUUUUUUUUUUAGCUUUUCCCAUGUUUUCUCUUGGAUGUUUGUUAAUUGAGCAUGAAUAACAAAUCUCUGUGCAAUAUUAUCCUAAUCUUGGGGCAUUUUUCUUAUAUCAGUGUUAUUUUUUUAAGUACUACCUUUACUUUUUAUUUUAAUUUGAGCCAAGAUAACGUACAAAAAGCAUCACACCCCCUUGCCCGAACUAUUUGUAAUUUUUAAUUUAUACAUAUUUACUGCUAUUAAAUAGUUAGAAGUUUUUAUAUAGUUUUUAUGACUGGAUUUUGUAAAUUAAAAUGUGCCAAUCUAUCUGUGUGCACAUUUUUAUACUGUCCAAUUUACCCCUAGCAUUAGGUAUUAAAUCGUGAUUAUUUUACACAUCACAGCUUUUUGUCAGUGAUCUACAAAAAAACCCCCAUAAACCAUAAUUUUGCUGCUAAUCAUUUCUAAAUUAAUGUGAAUAAUUUGAAAGUCCUAAAUGUGUAUAUGGGACCAUAAAGUUUAACACCAUUUACUUUUUCAACAUGUUGUUUAUGCUGGCUUUUUAUAUACACAGAAACUGUCUUAUCUAAUUAUUUUGUAUCAGUCUUAUCUUACUAAAGUAAUUGUUUUGUAUCAGUUGUGUUUUUUUUAUAUAUUAAUUAUAUAUGCUGAAUGUUUGACUAUCAUUAAGCUUGAUGAUGUGCAAUAUAUGUUUGUAAGUUAUACUGUAUAUUUGAUGUAUUUAUUCCUGUAUAUAUAUAAUUAUUUGUUUGAACGACUUUUUAAGUAGAUUUGUACAAUUGGUAUACCUUAUAGUACAUGGCCCUGUGUACAAACAAAUAUGGGUAAUGUUCAUAUGUAGGUAAUCUUUAGCUGCAGAACUGUAGCUCUGUGGUUGAGUUUAUCUGUCCAAAUUUUCUCAACCAGAGAGCUACAGUUCUGCAGCUAGGUAAUCUUGUGGAAGCCAUAGAGGAUCCAUUGAAAUUUUAUCAAGCAAUUUGGUAAAAGUUAAUUAUGUUAAUCCACCAGUAUUUGUAACAACAUAUUGUAGAGCAAGAAAUCUGUAUUAACGUAACAGAAUAUUACUAAUGUCUAAGAAUAUUAUAAGGCAAAGAAUUUGUUUUAUUGUAAAACAUAUUGUAUUAGUAAUGGAAAGAACAGUGAAUUCUCUUGACUCAGUUUACAAAUGAACAGUAAUAUAAUACCGUAUAAUGGGAAUUUUUAGCGGGGUGCUAACCUUGGCUUAUUUUAGCGGUUUUGAAGUAGCCCGCUAAAAUUUUAAUCCCUUAAUUUACACCCUUGCGUAUAAGUACUGAAUACAAGAAAAAUAACUUUGUUCAGUCUGUUGUCAAACAAUGUCUCUCAUCUGGUGUUGGUUUUUAACUCAAAAUCUUGCCUAAGUCAGCAUUAAAGCGUAUUUAAACAUACUGAAAACGCAUCCAGACGAUGAACCUCCUCUACUUUACAUGUCAAGGAACUGAGUGUCUCCCAAAAAAAGUUCCACCAAAAUAUUGGCGUACCUUCGAGCAAGCAAAACGCCAAAUUGUACACCAGCUAAAGAAACCUGCUAUACCAUAAUAUAGCAAAUUUAACACAAAAUUUUUUGUUGUUGAAAUUUUAAAUUGUGAAAAUAAUUGUAAAUAGAUCUGCAGUAUUUAUAAUCUUUUAUUAUUAACUACUCAAAAUAAUAAAAUAAAAAAUUAACUUUUGUAAAAGGCAUACAGCAAGAGGUUUGAAGCUAAUCAUCAUAAAUGGACAUUUUUAGUAUGAUCAACAAAUCCAUUCUAACACCUUACAACAUUAGAAAAAAAAAAUUCUUAGUUAAUAAAACUGCUUGUAUUGUAAGGUAGUGCAUUUGAAACACAGAUAUCCCAUCAAUAAAUAGACAAGUCUAGGUAUUUCACAAGGACUGGUCAGAUAUCCCAUCAAUAAAUAGACAAGCCUAGGUAUUUCACGAGGACUGGUCAGAUAUCCCAUCUAUAAAUAGACAAGCCUAGGUAUUUCACGAGGACUGGUCAGAUAUCCCAUCUAUAAAUAGACAAGCCUAGGUAUUUCACAAGGACUGGUCAGAUAUCCCAUCAAUAAAUAGACAAGUCUAGAUAUUUCACAAGGACAGGCCAGGAAGUCAAUGUUGAAUUCAGAAUUAGGUCAAGGUAUUUCCACAUAUCCUUGGUAUUUAAAAUAGCAACCUUCCAGAUGUUAAUGUCUAACUGUACUAUAAUUGUUCUUUGAUUCCUAGGUAUCAAUUUAUCAUACAUUAAGAUGAUUUUUCAUUAAGCUGUACCAUGUUUAUUGUUAAAGUAUUUUUUUUUUCAUUACAAUGUAAGAAUAAUUUCUGAUGCAUUGUAAUUUAACAAUAUUUCUGUUACAAGAUACUGUAAGAACUUUUCUCUUACAUUGUAAUUGAAAAAUAUUUGUCAGCUUGUUGUAUUUUUGUUGCGAGUCCAUCCAUUUUAUUUUUUAUUUACAACAGUAUUGCGGUUGUCUUAUAACUGUGAUUAUUUUUUGUAUGUUAUCAACAUAUACAGAGUGAAUGGGAAUCUUAUUUCUUUGUCUGUGAAACAGAAUUGCAAUAAAUGGACAAUAUUUAAA